GUUGUCGAGCUAAGCAGUGAACUUCAGUCAUAUCUAAAAUUUCGGCAACUUAAGACCUUCCAAUUUUUGUUUGUUAAUAAAUAUUUUUUUAAAUUCCCUUUGCGGUUUUUUGUGCGAUAGGUCCUUAUUUUCGAAAAUCCAACUUACCCACGAAAAUCAUGUUUCGCAACUUGUCGAUGUUGAGAAACAAGCUGGCACUGCAGCGGAUUCAGGUUUCCCGUCUGACCUCGCGCUCCACAAUGUCAACCGGAAUGACGUGCCUCACAAUAAAUCGCCCUAGGAACAUCGACGGCGUGACGGUGAUAGAUAUCAAUAUGAAUGAUAUGGCCAAGAAUGAUGUGGAGUUCAAUCGUAAUUUCGUCAAUUCGCUGACAUCGGUGGACCGCCCUCACUUCGUGGAACCAAUUCAGCCAGUGGGCACUGAUGCGGUGGAGUCGCCUCCUGCAGAGGACUCUGCUCCGGCGGAAAACGUGAACAUUUUGCCCCCAGGUGCGCCCAGUUCCGUUCUCGGCGUCGAUGGAAAUCCCAUUGUGCCCAUCGAAAUCGAUGGCUGGAAUCAGGACGAUGAGGAUCCCACCGUGCAGAAGAACGCCAAGGACGUGGACAUCGGCAAUGACGACGAGUACAAGGCCGAGAUGGCUCUGCGGGUGCCCGAGGUGAGGGAAGCCCAAACCGAGUACAAGGGCAUCAAGGUGAAGCUGCCGGAAACGGCCAACCAGGAUGUGGGCACCUAUCGCUUCCGUCGCGAGCCUGAGGAUCUCAAGGCGGUCGGAGACGACACGCGUCUUGUCCGAUUCGACAAGUAGACGAAACGUGUUCUUUGUUCCAAAUUUUACCCACUAUCUUUGCCUUUAUUCGAAAUGUGUUUGGAUUUUCUGGUCGACAUCCGCAAAUAGCUUUUCCAAUUUUGUAACACAGCUGACCAUUCCAACAGGGAUGGCAACUUGAAUUGGAUGAAAGUGGGUUCGGUUGUAGUCGCGUUACCAUUGAUGUAAUCGGAUUAAAAUUUACUUCAGGUACA